UGCCUGUGUGCACUUAAUUCACUUUCACUUUGGGAUGUGCAAAGAUCCUAGUGUAGUGCUGCUCUGAAGAUAUGAUGCUGAGUAUAUAACAGUGCCUGUGUUGGAGUGAUAGGUCCAGUUAGGCAGAAACCACAAUGAAGAUAUCACAUCCUCAUUGUUACAGGAGCAGCAGCCUUUUGGUUAAACUGUCAUUCAUUGCACCAUUGGUACUUCUGCAUGUCUUUUCUGUGGAUGCAAAUCUUGGUGACGAAGGAUUUCUGCCAUGGCCAUUGAAAAUUAUGAAACAUGAUAGAAGUCAGAUUUGUGAAACUGAAGAGUGUAAGGCAGCUGCCACACAGUUACUGCAGAGUCUGAAUAUGAGUGUGGAUCCCUGUGAAGACUUCUAUGAGUUUGCAUGUGGGGGCUGGAUUAAGCAACAUCCUGUGCCUCCAACAGAGUCACACAUGAAUCAGUUUGACCUUGUCGUGGAGAAGGUUGACCUUGAACUAAAAGAAAUUCUUGAAGAGGCAGAUGUUUCAGAUGAACCUUUUCCAGUAAGAGCUGCCAAACAAACCUACCAAGCCUGUAUGGACACAGAUUAUGUGGAGUCAGAAGGUUUGAAACCCCUGUUGGACAUAAUUGAAAAUCUUGGUGAUUGGCCAAUUGCAUCUGAUAUUUGGAAGGAAGAAGAAUUCAACUGGCAAAAAGUUGUUGCAGAAUUGAUUAGGCAUUUUGGCAUCUCCCCACUGGUAUCUCUGGUUGUUUAUUUGGACAGAAAAAAUUCUGCUCAAAAUGUUAUUACGAUUGACCAGUCUUCAUUGGCGUUACCGCGUUCUAUGUUGGUUGACCCACAUACUUACAGAAAACAGUUAGAGGCAUAUCGUCACUGGAUUGUGGGAUCUGCCCUUGAAGUUAUGAAAGCUCAGAAUGUGUCAGUUCCAGCAACAAGGAUCAGUGUAGAUGCAUUUGAAGUAAUUGAAUUUGAGACUGAGUUGGCCCGUGUGAUAACUCCCAGUGAGAAGAGGCGUAAUCCAUACCGAAUGUACAACCCCAUGACAUUUCUGGAACUUCAGAACUUAACUGAUUCUGUUCAGGUGUCAAGUCCUCAUGCCAAGAUACACUGGCAGGACUUCUUUGAAGCUGUGUUCACAGAUGUUGAUGUUACUUUCAACUCCCAGGAGAGGAUUGUGGUUAAAGAGAUUCAGUAUUUGUCAGACCUUGUGACACUGCUUGACAAUACUCCUCGUAGGGUUAUUGCAAACUACAUUCAGUGGUGUCUGGUGAGGACAGUGAGCACAGAGACAACACAGAAAAUGAGGGAAAUUGCAUAUGAUUUUUAUUAUGUAUUCCUCUGUUUGUUUCACAACAGGUGGCGGGAAUGUGUGUGGAUGGCUAGUGGUUCGCUAAGCUUUGCUGUUGGAUAUUCUUAUGUUAAUCAGUUCUUUGACAAUGAGGCUAAGAGAUCAGCUCUUCAGAUGGUGGAGAAUAUUCGCAUGCAGUUUAGUUCUUCUGUAAGUGAUGUUGAUUGGAUGGACCCUAUUACUCGGAAGAUAGCGGAAGAUAAGGCACAAGCUAUGAAGGAGAUGAUUGGUUAUCCUGACUGGUAUGCAAAUAAAUCUGCACUAGAAGUUUAUUAUAAAGGGGUUUCAAUUGGAAGGAGUCAUUUUAGGAAUGUUGUGUCCCUGAGAACAUUUUUGGUACAUCAGAUCCUCUCCAAGCUACGUUUGCCCACUGACCGCACAGAGUGGUUCAUAAGUCCUGAUACUGUUAAUGCAUAUUACAACCAUCAAACUAAUUCAAUAACUUUUCCAGCUGGAAUUCUACAGCCACCCUUCUUUAGUAAAGGGAGGCCAGAGGCACUGAAUUAUGGCAGUAUUGGUGCUAUGAUUGGACAUGAAAUCACGCAUGGAUUUGAUGAUAUAGGCCGCCAUAGUGACAAGUAUGGUAACCUUGCCCAGUGGUGGUCAAAAUCAACCACAGACACUUACCUUGAAAAGGCCCAGUGCUUCAUACACCAGUAUGGCAUGUACAGAGUCCCAGAGCUAGAUGAAAUGUUACAUACAGAAGUGAUGAUGAAUGGUGUUACUACACAAGGUGAAAACAUGGCAGAUAAUGGUGGAAUGAGGCAAGCAUUUCUAGCUUAUAAGAAAUAUGUGGAACACGCUGGAUCUGACAAACGCCUGCCAGGCUUACAUCAGUUUUCACCUGAGCAGCUGUUCUUCCUUGGAUUUGCAACUGUAUGGUGUGAAUCAUCCACCAAGGAAUCCCUACUCCAAGAAGUUCUGACAGAUUCCCACAGUCCACACAGACUUCGAGUGCAGGGAACUUUGGCUAAUUCUCAGGAUUUUGCUCAUGCCUGGAAUUGUCACACUGGAUCACCAAUGAACCCUCAGGAUAAGUGCUUGAUAUGGUAAAAGUUAUGUGAGCGGAGACACAUAUAACUUUCUAAAUAUGAUCCUAACAACAUGGUUACAGCAUUUUAUGAAACUGACAUAUUGUUUCUUGAAACAAUUUUCAUUUGUAAAAGUAAAAGGGUGUGAUUUAAUGUGGACUGUAACAUUAGUGCCCUAAGUACUAUGACCUUUAAGGAAUUAAAUAUAUUAUUCUAUUAUCAUUAU